UCCACCUGCUUCAGUGUGUUGGUGUGUGUGAGCUGGGACCUACGCAUGGACUGGACUCUGCUGCAGGGCCACGGACUCCUGAGGAGAGAGUUGCUGUACACACACGAGGCGCUGUACUAUGGUGGGAUGCUGCUGGACGUGGUUCUGCGUGUGUGCUGGGCGGUGAACAUCCUGCUGGCCCAGAUGAGGGACUCUGUAGCUGCAGCCUCCGUCAGCAGCGUGCUGGCCCCUCUAGAGGUGCUCAGACGGUGUGUGUGGAACAUGUUUCGUCUGGAGAGCGAGCAGUUGAGAAACUGUGAGCUGAUGCGUGCCGUCAGAGACGUGGACUUCCCAGAAUCCUGUGCGUGUCUGCCAGAGCACGUCCUGCAGGAGUGGAGGCAGAACCAGAACCAGGAGGAGACGGGCCCGGGUCAGCAGAACCAGAACCUGGACUGCUGCAGAACCCCCUCAGACCACUCCUGCACAGCCCUCCUGCUCACCUGUUUGAACAGAGUGCACGGAGAAGCUCUAUCAGUGGAGGACAGCACGCCUGAGGACAGCGAGUGGGACAGAACAUGGAUAGAGAAGAAGAUGUUGGACACGCAAAACGUUGAAAAUGACCCUAAAAACCGUGACGUGAAAUGUGCUAUGCUCUGACUGUUGCUUAU